GCGUCCGUAGAGGACCGCGGUAAAAACAAAUCGUUUGGUGAGGGGAUCAGGAGAAAAUGCCGAUCCGGGCCCUGUGUACGAUCUGCUCCGACUACUUCGAUCACCAGAGAGAUGUGGCGGCCAUCAACUGCGGGCACACCUUCCACCAACACUGCAGAUCUGAUAAAUUUCCCUCAAUGUAUAGCCGCACUUGUCCGCAGUGCCGGGUCCAGGUGAGCAACCGGCAGAUAAUUCACAAACUGUUCUUUGAUGUCGGCCUGGAGGAGGAGUCCACGCUCGAUGCCGAAUCACUGAAGAAUGAAGUGGACAGAAUAAAAGCAAGUCUCCACAUCCGAGAUAAGGAGAAGCGGGAAUCUCAGGACUUGGUGGACUCUCUGCGGGAGAUGUUGGAUAUCAGGAACGUGACUAUAGAAUGUCUGGAGAGGAAGAUUGGAGACCUGGAGAUGCUUUGCUCAUCUCUCAAGAAACAAAUGAAAUUUUUCGAUCUGCAGCAGACGGAGGCCAAAACCGCCAAGGAGGAGGCCCGCAAACUGCGCAAUAAGUUGCGCUCUCUGGAAAGUAUUGAGGUUCUGCUGCAGUCCCGGCGGCAAGAGGUGGAGGAAAUGGUCAGGAAUAUGGGGUCCGGACCGUCCGCGGUGGAGCAGCUGGCCAUAUACUGCGUGUCACUGAAGAACGCUGCAACUCACAAGGCUCAGAAAGCAGAGAUGGAGGUGGAGAAGAUGAGGGAGGAGCUCAGUGCCUCUCAGAAGGAGCUGCAAAAUGCUGAUAAGGAAAUUAUGAGUAUGAAAAAAAAGGUCGAGUUCCUGCAGAAGACGCUGAGCACCCCGACCGCGACCAACGAAGCGCUCAGCCGCCUGAUAUUUGAGAGCCCUGCUCCAAUUGGACUAGAAAGGCCGAAACUCCGCCCACCAACAUUGGGCGGAGAUAUCAACCUCGACCUCACGUUUGAUAUCGACACUCCGGAACCAAACCCACCCAAAGCUGUAGUCGCUCCCUUUAAGAAGUUGAAGCUGGAUCAGGGCAAUUCCCCGGUGAAGAGAGCCGCCAAGAACAUGCUGCAAGCGUCCAAAGCCUUAAAGAGUUUACCAGGUCAGAUAAACGUCGAUGAGGAAGAUGAACCGACGUUGCCGUCAUUUAUACAGAACUCUCUGCUCCGCAAGAAACUGGUCGGGAGUAUGUUACCUUCACAGCGGAACACCGGAGUGAUCAGAACCGGAUUCGAUGGUUUGGGUGGACGAACAAAAUUUAUUCAGCCCAGCAACAUGAUGGAAAUCCGGCCUCUGCCUCCCAAGCUAAAGAAGAGGAAGGUCAGCCGGCCGGCGGCUGCAGCGGCGUCCUCGUCCGGCACUUCCAAUCAGCCGCGGCUGGAGGACUUCUUGAAGUGAGA